UCUCAAACGCAGACGCGUAGCAAGCCAAUCCAAACGGGCACAUGUAUAUAAUUAGCCUUUUUGACAUAGCAAAGAUAUUCAAUCACCUGAUUUACACAAACAAGCGAAAUGACAGACUCCACAACGCCAAAGAACAAGCUCCAAGGCAAGGUGGCCAUAGUCACUGGCGGAGCAAGCGGCAUAGGCGAAGCCACGGCUCGCCAAUUCGCCACUCACGGCGCAAGAGCCAUCGUUAUCGCGGACGUCCAAGACGAAAUGGGCCAAAGCGUCGCUGCAUCCAUCAGCCUCAACAUAUGCAGCUAUGUUCAUUGCGAUGUCAGCGACGAGGAACAGGUGAGAACGUUGGUAGACUCGACAGUCAAUAAGUACGGAUGCCUCGACAUCAUGUUCAGCAAUGCGGGCAUAGGUCGAGCGACCAACACGCGUGAGCAGAGCGUGUUCGACAUAGACUUGUCGGCUUACGACAAGCUCAUGGCGGUGAACGCCCGCGGGAUGGUGGCGUGUGUGAAGCACGCGGUGAAGGCGAUGGUGGAAGGGCACGUGAAGGGGAGCAUAAUUUGCACAGCGAGCGUGUCGGCAAGUGUUGGUUCCUAUGGCAUUGUCGACUAUACUAUGUCGAAGCAUGCAGUGUUAGGGUUGGUGAGGUCGGCGAGCCUGCAGGUGGGUUCAUAUGGGAUACGUGUGAAUUGUGUUUCACCAGGGUUAGUUGGGACGCCAAUAGUGAAGGACACGAUGAGGUGGAAUGAUGAGGAGGUAGGUAAGAUGCAAGAGUCAAUUUCGUACUUGAAAGGUGGGUUGCUAAUGCCCAAAAAUGUGGCGGACGCUGUGGUGUUUCUUGCUUCUGAGGAUUCCCAAUUUGUCACUGGCCAUAAUUUGGUGGUAGAUGCUGGGUUCAAAUCUUAACAGUUUAAGAGUUGGCUAGUAAUGCAUUACCAAUGUUAUAGAACUUAGAAUAUUACUAUAUGUUUGUUUAUUUGUGUGUUGUGUCCUCUUAAUUUCACCGGUGUGGUGUCUUAUACGCUAGGUGUAUCUGUGGGUCCAGGGGCGGAGCCAGGAAUACGUGCUUGGGGGGGCCGGGUUGUAACAGAGAUAUACCAAAUAUAAUUUUUAAGUCUAUUGGAUACAAAAUUAUCAACUUUUAUAUA